CCAGGAUCGCAAAACAGCAAAUAAGUUCUGCAACGUUCAACAUCACAGGACCAACAGAGGUGUAUCAGCCCUCCAAUGACAACCUCCCGCCCACUCCCGGACUCUCACUCCUCUUACGUCCUCAAAUCACAUCGCUCUCCCCAUCCCUACUUUUCCCCGACACAUCUAUCGUUUUCGGACCCACAUACGGGGGUCAAGUCUGGCAGCUGGUCUUCAAGAAGGUCAAGAAAAGGGCGGUAUACUCCGAAACGGGCGAGGGUUCAUUAUGUGACUCACAAGUCGGCGGCGGCUGGAGAAACUGAGUCAGGCGUGGGGCGGAGUGAGGAGGGAUCGGAGAAAGCUAAAGAUGGGGAAGUGAGAAGGAUGGAGGAUUAUGCUGUGGCCAGGAUCAAGCUGGCCGAGAAAGUCCGCCUGAAACCACAGCUGAAGAUGGAUGUCACAUUCUGGAUAGCUGUGAUUUUCACCUCAGGAUCCGUCGUCUGGGUGGUAAAUGGUUUUUUGGUGUGGUUUCCCGUAUUGAGACCUGAGCUGGAUACGGACGCUUUCAGUGAAUCGGCCUCUGCGCUGGCUUUCAUAGGCGGUACGAUCUUCCUCGUCGGCUCGUAUCUCAUGGUGGUCGAGGCAUUGGACAGAGGACGGGAGAUUAACUUUGGCACGGCUCUUGGGCAGCUCCUGCAUCAUCGUCGUUUUACCUCACCGCAAGCCACCAUCGGCUCAUCAGAUCUCUCCAAGCUUCUUUCACAUACGUCGACCUCUUCCGCGAACCUAGGCGAACCCCAUACCCAUGACGCUGGGAACAGUGAUAAAGGGAGGGGCAAGCUAGACGAGGAAGGAGCAAAGGUCAUGGGAGGAGCGAAAGGCUUUGUGUGGUGGGGCAAACCUAUGUGGCACGAUAUGGGUUAUCUUGCGGUAUGUGAUGGCUCUCCUUUAUCUCCAGGCGAAUAUCUAAUGGGAGAUACAGGCUAUCGUACAGCUGUUCGCUGCCACAAUCUUCUGGGUGUCGACCGUGUAAGUUUCAGCCCAGGUGCUUCCUUUUGACAUAGAGUGCUGACAACGGCUAGGACUGGUCUCCCUGGGGUCAUACCCGGCUACGCAGAUGGAGAAGGCUCAACAGCCAUAAUAGACGUAUUCUUCUGGACACCGCAAGGCAAGUCCUUCAUUCUCUGUAAUAAACUUUUACUGACCUGAAAUAGUCAUCGGUGGUACAGGCUUCAUCGUCUCCUCCCUCAUCCUCAUGCUCGAAACCCAAACCCAACCUUGGCUUCCAAACCUCACCGACAUAGGCUGGUGGAUCGGCUUCUGGAACCUCAUUGGGGCUUUUGGUUUCAUGCUUUGUGGAGCACUGGGGUAUUCGGACAAGUCUGGGGUGGUGUAUGAGUCGGAUCUGGCUACUUUCUGGGGGAGUUGGGCGUUCUUGAUAGGAAGUGUCGUGCAAUUAGGGGAGGCGAUCUGGAGAGAGCCCGAAGAGGGAAAUGGGAAGUCAUGACGCAAGGUAUUGCCAGAUUGCUUCUGUUACACUGAUCUGUUCUAUAAUGCAUGCUCUCAUGUUAACCAACGCGCCCAACGAAGAAGAGACGCUGCAUACGCAGUCUACAAGCCGAGGCUCGGUCUUCCGCACUUGACUGGGCCACCCGGACCGGAAUAUGUCCCCUCGUCUUCUAAAUAGUCUCCGUACUUCCGUAUAUCUUCCCAUGCUACCGAAGAUCAAGUCGGGCCAUGAGACACUACGGGAAGUUUGUCAAACAAAUUUACGACGCGUGCCUGUUUCAAGCACUGCGUACAACGUACAACGUGCAUCGUGCAUCGUGCAAGGUUACGACUCAUCUUAAAAGUACUGUAGACCGAGAUGCCUGGAAGCCAAAGUUGGGUGACCUCCUCCUCUCUCCAUGGACCACAUGCGUGGGGUAAGCCCGUCACCUGCGAGGCCGUGCCCCACAUGCACGUAGGCGUACGAUGGGAAUAUCUACUUCCUAAUCGUACGUAUGCGUGCUCGAAUCUCCCAUUGCGAAGCGAAAGAGAACCUUCACGGGACGCCCCUUGCGGACCUUUACUUCCGCCAAGAGGUACCUUCGUCCUGCGCGGAAGAAGAGCGAGAGACACGGGAAACGGGACAAGUCGACAUCUCUCGUUUCGCACUGGGCCUCCUCCUACGUCUCCUGCUCUCCCUGCACCUUCUGCGUCGAACAGCGCCGAAGGCUGUGAAGUAUGCAUGCGCG